AUGGUAGACGCGGUUGAGCCUGUCGAGGUCACUGGUGACUCUGGUGCUGCUGCGGGAGCUGAGCCUGGGGGUGCGGAGUCUGGGGGUGCUGAGCCUGGGGGUGCUGUGCCUGGGGGUGCUGAGCCUGGAGGUGUCGAGCCUGGGGGUGCUGUGCCUGGGGGUGCUGAGCCUGGGGGUGCUGUUCCUGGGGGUGCUGCGCCUGGGGGUGCUGUGCCUGGGGGUGCUGAGCCUGGGGGUGCUGAGCCUGGGGGUGCUGUUCCUGGGGGUGCUGAGCCUGGGGGUGCUGUGCCUGGGGGUGCUUCGUCUCGCCGGGAGCCACUCUCCUCACAGGAGCUGCGUGAGUGGUUUGCCCGGCGCUGGAGGCGUGCUGCUGGUGCUGGUGGUUCUUCGGCUGCAGAGGGUACUGCUGCCACGCGUCCUGGCGGUGCUCGUACUGUGGGUGCUGGAGCUGCUGGGUCUGAGAGCUCUCCUGGAGCUGGUACUGCUGAGGGUGUUGGCGCUGAGCCUGCGGUUGGAGGUCCGACUGACAGUACUCCUGGUGCUGCUGCUGGAGGUUCUGGAGCUUCUGGUGGUUCUGCUGGAGGUGCUGCUGGAGUGGGUGCUCCUGACGGGCCUGCUGGUGCUGUUCCUGCUGUUUCUGGCGUCGCCGCGCGGCCCCGACCGUACUUCGUUCCGCUCCUGCAGCAGGUUCUUGGUCUUGCACCUCCUCCUCCUCCUCCCUUAGAGGGUCCGCAGCCUGUCCGUGGUCGCGGGUCGCGUCAGCGUCCUCCUCCUGUCCCUGGCACGCACCGGAUGUCACUGCGUCCGUCCUCACUGCUCCUCUGCGUGCCCCUUUGCCUUCUCCUCCUGCUUCCUCUCUUCCUGCUCCUUGCCGACCCGGAGUCGGACUCUCUUCGUGCUGCCAGUCCUACUGUCACGCGUCUCCUUGCUACUGCUGUCACUGACCCUUCCUUCGAGUCGUCUGCUGCGUCUGCCCUUGUCACUGAGCUUGUCGACUUUGCUGCGCGCUGUCGUCUAGACUACGCUGCUCGUCUUCUCACUGAGUCUGAGUCCGCCUGUCCCUCCGUCCGUCGGGGUGAGUGUGCCCUUGGCACGGACGUCCUUGAGGACAGGCAGGAGGAGUUCCAGUACAUCCCGACUCCGCGCUCUUACGCGGAGGCGAUAGAGGGUCCCUACUCCUCUCAGUGGCAGGCAGCUAUGGAUGCAGAGAUGGCUUCCUGGAAGUCCACAGGCACCUACGUUGACGCUGUUCCCCCUCCUGGGGCGAACAUCGUCAGUGGCAUGUGGAUUUUCAGGGUGAAGCGGCCGCCGGGUUCUCCGCCUGUCUUCAAGGCGCGUUACGUGGCUCGUGGCUUCAGUCAGCGGCAGGGGGUUGACUACUUUCAGACCUUCUCCCCCACCCCGAAGAUGACCACUCUUCGGGUUCUGCUGCACGUUGCUGCUCACCGCGACUACGAGCUGCACUCUCUCGACUUCAGCACAGCUUUCUUGCAGGGCAGCCUGCACGAGGAGAUCUGGCUGCGCCGCCCACCUGGCUUCACUGGGUCUUUCCCUUCUGGUACCCAGUGGAGUCUCCGGCGUCCAGUCUACGGUCUCCGCCAGGCGCCACGUGAGUGGCACGACACACUGAGGACUACGCUCGCGGCACUUGGGUUUGCUCCUUCUACUGCCGACCCGUCGCUGUUUCUGCGCACCGACACCUCUCUGCCCGCCGUUCUACAUCCUCGUGUACGUCGACGACUUGGUCUUUGCCACAGCUGA